AACAAAGUAAGUCGUCAUCUCCGGCGGAUGUUGCGUCAGCAGAACGGCACCGUUACAGAUAAACAAUAUGGCGGCGUCCGUACAGCGCCUCACUUCUGCUGGGAGAUUUUUCUUACAAAGACAUUUACUGAAGAAGAAUUCAAUAAUCAGGUUCACCGCUGGACCGUACAGACUCUUGGCUACUCAAGCUGCUCACCAGGUGGCGCUAAAUGUUCCCGAAACCAAGGUGACUGCUUUAGAGAACGGACUCCGGGUGGCAUCUGAGGACUCGGGGCUCCCCACCUGCACAGUGGGCUUGUGGAUAGAUGCCGGGAGUCGCUAUGAGAACGAGAGAAAUAACGGCACAGCGCACUUUCUGGAGCAUAUGGCAUUUAAGGGCACUAGGAAACGCUCUCAGCUUGAUCUGGAGUUGGAGAUCGAGAACAUGGGGGCUCACCUGAAUGCCUACACAUCCCGCGAGCAGACUGUUUACUAUGCCAAAGCUUUCUCCAAGGAUCUUCCGAGAGCUGUGGAGAUUCUGGCUGACAUCAUCCAGAACAGCACGCUGGGAGAGGCGGAGAUCGAGAGGGAGCGAGGGGUGAUCCUUAGAGAGAUGCAGGAAGUGGAGACCAAUCUGCAAGAGGUGGUCUUUGAUUAUCUGCAUGCUACAGCGUACCAGUCCACAGCACUGGGAAGAACCAUCCUGGGCCCCACUGAGAACAUCAAGACCAUCAACAGAGGAGACCUGGUGGAGUAUAUCACCGCUCACUAUAAAGGACCCAGAAUAGUGUUGGCUGCUGCUGGAGGUGUUUGUCAUGACGAGCUCAUCGAUUUGGCCAAGUAUCACUUUGGAAAACUUCCCGGCAGACAUCAAGGCGAAGCCCCGGCUCUUCCACUGUGCCAUUUCACAGGAAGUGAGAUCCGAGUGCGUGACGACAAAAUGCCGCUCGCUCACAUCGCCAUCGCCGUAGAGGCUGUCGGAUGGUCUCACCCCGACACAAUCCCACUCAUGGUAGCCAACACGCUCAUUGGAAACUGGGACCGCUCGUUUGGUGGAGGCGUGAAUCUGUCCAGUAAGCUGGCUCAGAUGGCCUGUCAGGGGAACCUGUGCCAUAGCUUCCAGUCCUUCAACACCUGCUACACAGACACAGGCCUCUGGGGACUCUACAUGGUGUGUGAACCCAGCACCAUCAACGACAUGAUGCAUUUCACUCAAAUGGAAUGGAUUUCUCUUUGUACCAGUGUGACGGAGAGUGAGGUAGCUCGGGCCAAGAAUCUGCUCAAGACCAACAUGCUGCUGCAUCUUGACGGAUCCACCCCAAUCUGCGAGGACAUCGGCAGACAGAUGCUGUGCUACAGUCGCAGGAUCCCUCUUCAUGAGCUGGAAGCCCGGAUUGAGGCCAUCGACGCCAACACCAUAAAGGACGUGUGCACCAAAUACAUCUACAACAGAGCUCCUGCCAUCGCAGCAGUCGGUCCAAUCGAACAGCUGCCCGACUACAACCAGAUCCGCAGUGGGAUGUUCUGGAUGAGAAGCUGAGGAAGUGGACAAAUGCAAUAUUUAAGUCGUGUCACGUUAUUUUUUCCUUCUUUUUAUUAUAAAAUAAAGACCAACACAAUAAUGUUAAAAUAACAGAUUCUAUUAA